AUGAUGGAAUACCCGCCGCAGUAUCAACAGCCUCAUGGCCAGCAUCCCCACGCCUCUUCCCACAUCACUGCCCCGUAUCAGACGGCACCUCAAAAUGCUGGGUCAACCGUGGGGUCGAUGACUUCUCCCACCAACCCUCAAGCGCACAUGCAACAAGCUCACGCUACACAUCAAGCGUCCCCAAUUGUUCCCUCACAAUCUCAUUAUCAGCCUGCUCAAAAUGCCCCGGGCUCUGUACAUCAGCAAAUGAACUUCCCUCAGUCGUAUGGAGUCACCACGGCGAUGCCACAAACGUAUGGUAUCUCCCCUACGCAAGCGGCUGCAAUGGCCACCGCUGCAGCAUCGGGCCAAUUCUAUCCUUUACAUCAAGAUUCGAUGGCUGGCCAGAUGGCUCCUGGUCCCCGCGGAUCUCCGCGCAUGGCCGGGGUGCAGGUCAAGAGUGACCGCAAUCCUCGUUCUCCACCCCAGAUUCCCGGCCAGAUGCCAUCGAUGGGAUCCCAGGUACAGAUGUCCCAGAACGCCCAGAUGCAGCAACGUCGCAUGAGCCAUGUCAGUAGCCCACAUGUUCAGAAUGCCCAACCACUUAUCAACCAUGCCGGCCGGCCUUCGGUGCCCCCAUCUAUGCCGCCACCACCUCAGCCGCCUGUCCAGCAGAGCCAACCUUCGCCGGAUAUGGUCGCUGGCGCCGCUGAGGAAUCACCGCUAUACGUGAACGCGAAGCAGUUUCAUCGCAUCCUGAAACGACGAGUGGCGCGCCAAAAAUUGGAGGAGCAAUUGCGGCUCACGUCCAAGGGCCGUAAGCCAUAUCUGCACGAAUCGCGUCACAACCAUGCCAUGCGCCGCCCUCGUGGUCCCGGCGGGCGAUUCUUGACGGCUGACGAAGUGGCUGCUAUGGAAAAGAAGCAAGCAUCCGGAUCUACAACCUCUGGGCUUGAAGCCGCUGAUGAUAAUGCGGUGAAACCUCCCGGCGAUAACCCGCCUUCUGCCCAGAAACGAAAAUCAAGUGAUGUCAACGAUGACACCAUCAACUCGUCUAAAAAGACGAAAACCAGUGCGAAACCGAGCACUAGUGCGGACGAAAGCGAGAAUGAAUCUGCUGAGCUGUCCGACGAGGAUGGUUGA